AUGUACGAUUAUCUGGCCAAGAUUGUCCUCCUUGGACCCAGCGGCACCGGCAAGUCCUGCCUCCUGCACCGAUUCGUGAAGAAUGAAUGGCGCGUCCUUUCUUCUCAGACUAUCGGCGUCGAGUUCUCCUCGAAGAUAAUAAAGAUUGGCACAACCCCUAAUAGCUCGAAACGCAUCAAAUUCCAACUAUGGGACACGGCGGGCACAGAGCGAUUUCGAAGCGUGAGCCGAAGUUACUACCGGGGUGCAGCUGGCGCAGUCCUGGUGUACGACGUUGCGAGUAUGGCCAGCUUUCAGGCGCUGCCAACCUUCCUGAGUGACGCACGAGCGCUGGCAAGUCCGCAGUUGACGGUGAUAUUGGCGGGGAACAAGGCGGAUCUGGCAGACGAGUUGGUACAAACACAAGGACAUACCGGACAAGCUCAUACGAGAACGCAAGCAGUACAUAUGAAUGGAAGCGCCCAUCAUCACCGUAUCCAGAAGGAGGAUGAAUUCAGCAGUACUCCAACCGCAUCGAGCGCGUCAAGUCGACAGUCAUAUUUCCCCUAUGAUUCUGGAGGUGCAAGCGCCACCGACUCUGUGAAAACAACGUCCACCCGCUCUCGUGGGAACAGCAUGAACCUUUCAAAAUGGACAGCGACCCUGUCCAGUGAAGGUCGCGAAGUCAGCUCCGAGGCCGCCUCACGAUGGGCUUCGAAAGUCCACAUUCCGGUCACGAUGGAAGUCUCGGCCCUCACGGGUGAAAAUGUUGACGCAUUAUUUUACCGCCUGGCGGCCAUGAUUCUAACCAAGAUCGAGCUCGGGGAGAUUGAUCCGGAUGACCCGGCAAGUGGUAUCCAGUACGGCGACGGUGCUGUGGGCGCCGACGGAGACAGCAUAACGACAGACGGCGGCACCGUGAGGAGGAGGAAGGGCGGAAGGGGUGGCACGGUAAGAAACGGAGUGCUCACCAGUCUCGGGGAGUGGGAAGACGUAUUCCGCAGACCUGCUUCCAGAGCAGGAGGCGGGCGGUGUUGUUGA